UAUAUAAAGGCGACCAUGACUAUACAGCAUUCAAACUGAUCUUAGAUCUCGUGCUAGCAAUUACGAUUACACGWCAAAAGCAAAAUUCCUUCGUGAAGCUAUUAUUUAUUGAAUAUUCAUUGAGAAAAAUGGCGUCUAACAGAUGUGUUACUCAGAUGUUCCUUCGUUCACAGAUCCAAGGCUCGAAGCUCACUUCUUCUAUGCUGCCCAAGUCGUUCGUAGAAGAUGUGGAUYGUCGUUUCGAAUGUGAUGGUGUCACACUGCUUCUGCGAAGACUGCAAGAAAUUCUCGAUCACGUCGAAGAGAAAUUCAACGUUGAUUCUUGCUCUAAAUACUUUGAUGAGCUCUUCACUACCCUUGAGUCGGAAAGCCAAAUGGUAGCUGAAUUAGCUGGUGAUCUUCCUUCUAAAUCCGGUCUAUCGUCUCAAAAGAAACUCACUGUUGGCAAAGUGAUCGAUUUAUUCGGUGGAGUGGAGAUGAUUGUACGUUAUUUAUUUGUCCCUUCAAAUGUCACUGUUCGAGCAAGAACAAGAGUUGGUAGAAGUGAGUAAAUAACAUACAUCUAUGAA